UCUAGACUCUCAGAUUUCUGAUCGCAGCGACACACGAGUCCGCACUUUCUGACGGAGAAAACACGUUCACUUAUUUUCGCUUCCUGCUGCGACUGUUCGGAGGACUUUCAUUUCCACCUACAGCCAUGGACCUGAAACUUUUGAAGAUUAGAUCCUUCGAGGGACUGUGUGCAGCUACAUACACUCCAUUUGACGACCAAGGAAAGGUGAAUCUGGAUGUCAUUGACAAAUAUGUGCAACUUUUGCGGAACCAAGGCGUGGCAGGAGCCUUCGUCAAUGGCACGACUGGAGAAGGACUUUCGUUGACAGUGGAUGAAAGGAAAAGCAUCGCAGAAAAGUGGGCAUCAGCAUCAAAGGGGAAGUUGGAUAUGUUGAUCCUUCACGUUACAACCAGCUGCAUUCUCGAAACUCAAGAACUGGCCAAGCACGCUGAGAGUCUCAACGUCGAUGCGAUAUCUCUGCUGCCUCCCUUUUAUUACAAGUGCGAAACCAAUGAUGACUUCAUCGCUUACUUUAAGCAGGUAUCUCAGGCAGCCCCGAACACGCCGAUUGUAUACUACCAUAUUCCGACGUUCACUGGAGUAAAUGUAAAGCUAAGUGAAUUCCUGCCCGCGGUUAGCAGUGCCGUCCCAGCCCUCUGUGCAGCCAAGUAUUCCUGCUGCGAUCUCAGUGACUUGGCGGGCUUUAUGAGGACUGAUAAGAAACUUUUCAAGAUCUUCUUUGGGUACGAGGAGAUGCUCUUAGCAGCGCUUUCGCUGGGGGUUACGGCAGCAAUCGGAGGAACAUUCUCGUACCAGGGUUACUUGGCAAACAAGAUAAUCGAAGACUACAAGAAAGGCGACCUUGCUAAGGCCCGUUUAGAGCAGGAUCAAUUGAAGCAUGGGGUGGAUAUUUUGGCUAAGUAUGGUUACUGCGUUUCUACCCUCAAAUCUGCUGGGAAUGAACUAUCCGGAAUCAAUUUCGGAGCCGUGAGGUCCCCGAUGUCACCUGUUCCGAAGCUCCGAGCCAAAGAGCUCGGAAGUGAGCUGAAGGCCCUAGGUAUCCCAAUGAAGUAGAUGCUUUUCCUCUUGGGUAUCUUAGAGGACAAAACGUCUGUCUCGUCGUGCUUUAUGGAAAGUAAACUUUGUCCGGAAAGCCUAAGCAAUACCUACGACUUGGUAUUGACCAUUUGGCGUCGUGAUUCCCCCAAUCACCCCUCCCCCUUCAUGAACACAAAAAAGAUAAUAUAACGA